CUUUACUCAUUCUGUGAUUUGAGUGGUCUCAUCAACCUCAUCAACCUUAUCAUUGUUAUCAUUGGUCGCUUUGUUUGUUUACGUCGUCGAGAUCCCUCUCAAGUCUCAAGCGUCUGAUACAUAUAGUUCGUACACAUUUUUGAACCUCUACCGCCUCCGCCUCCGCCAACAUGAGUGACGAGGACUCUUCGACCGUUAGCCCGCCUCCUAGUAAACGAAUCCGUUUGGCACCCAAGAACCUCGCUCCCUCCUCCGCCUCCUCCACCACUCCGGAGUCGGUCUCAAACGGCUCCAAGGGAUCUCACCAGCCCGCUGUUUCCCUGCAGCCGUGGCUCAGCUACUUCGAUUUCAUCUCGGAUGAUGUGCUCUUGUAUCUAUUAUCGCAUUUGCAGGCUUUGGACCUCUGUCGGAUAGCUCAAACCAGUGAGCGCCUCCAUCGGAUCAGUCUGGACCCGUCCCUGUGGGAAAAGGUGGUGGUACAGUCCUCGGAGCAGCCUCGGAAGCCCGUCGGAGUGCGGGAAUUGACCCACGUCAUCAAACAAAUGACCAAUCGUACCCGGAGUGUCACGAUCGCCGGGUUCUUGAAGGCCGAAGCGCUACGAACGAACCUGACCUCAACGGCCUUGAAAUUGAUCGGGGUGAAAGCGCCGCAUGUGGAAGAACUCAUACUAGAUGCCUGUGUCAUGGACUCGAAAAAAACGCCCCUAUCGGAUAUUCCCCGGACCUUAACCCGCUUGGCUUUGCCGAAUUGUGAGGUGAUGAAUCUCCCGCGCGAGCACGGGUUCUUCAAAGGCAUCGAUACCUUGUUCAAGUCCUUACGCGUGCUGGAUUUGACCAAUAAUCGGUGGGUGAGCAAUCACUCGAUCAUGGCCAUUUGCAAAUUGCAACACCUCGAAGAGCUCAAUCUCUUGGGGUGCGUUCGAAUUGGUGAAACGUUCGCGUACUCGGCCUUGGCCACCAAAUUCGGAUUCCCCAAACUGACCAAGCUUGAUAUGCGCAAUACCUCGAUUACGGACUCGGAAGUGUCUUGCUACGGGCGACUCUCGCACUUGAAAGAGUACCUGGUGGGUCGAUCGAGUGCCGACAUGAAUGCCAGUUGCUUUGGUGAAGGUGAUGGACAGUUGAGCAGUCGAGGGAUCUUGUCGCUCUUCAUCCAGCCUUUGAAACUGGAGAAGCUGGUCAUGACCCAUUGUGAUCUAGAUAACCGGCACAUGGAGGUGGUGGGGGUCCAUGGCAAGAACUUAAAGUUGAUCGAUUUUCGGGGCACUCAAGUCGAUCUGGAUGGCUACAAUGAGCUUCGGAAGCAUCUACCCAAUUGUGAGAUCUUGUACGGAUCGGAUUGAGCUGGAUCCUUCUAUUUGUCAGAAUCAUGCCAUGUGUCAUUCUGCCUUUGAGAAUUUGUGUCGAGGAUGUUUCUGACGCCUCAAACGCUCGGGAUGACGAUGAUUAAACCGAAGGUUUCUCAAGGAAAACCUAACUGUUUGAAUUUCUAUGUUUCUGAAAGUCCCGUCAGUGUGAUGCCGAGCCUUUAUAUAUAUAAAAACUCCGGUCAAUGUAAACAAUAUGCAAGACCAAAGGCAAUAAUCUUAUCUUAUUUA